UCAAUGCCCUAAAAUCUCCAAUUUGUUCUUUCGUCUUUCUUCUUCUUCUUCUUCCGUGAGCCGACAACUAAGCUUUUCAGCCAAGGUUGAGCUCUCGACAGAAACUCAAACUGUCAACCUCUUUUUGUGUCUAUCAUAACCGAAUUGAUCUCGAUGUUGGCUGAUAGAUAAGGGUUUAACUCUUAAUUUUUCAAUAAAAUUUUCCUCCAAAAUUUUCAAUAACAGCCAAUUUCUUUUCUUUCAAAAAUUUUUUGAGCCAAACAGAGCCUUAAGCGCACUCGUAUGUGCAUCUUAUUGUAACUAUUUUACUGCAUCUAUCCGUUUUCCUUUUUGAAUUGAACUGGGCGGCUCAAUCUUACACAUAAAAAAGAGAGUAGUAAAUUUGAGGUUCGAUGGCCGGUGGCUCGGAUGUGGUGGAGACACUCUCCUGUGCUCGUUGCGGCAAGCCUGCUAAUCUUCAGUGUCCCAAGUGCGUGGACUUAAAGCUUCCUCGUGAAGGUGCUGCUUUCUGCACUCAGGAUUGUUUCAAGGAUUCUUGGAGCUCACACAAAUCAGUUCAUUCGAAGGCUAGGCUGUCCUCACUUGGGACAGAUACUGCUGGUGAACAAAAUUCUGAUUUAGCUAGUAAGGGUUGGCUAUAUUGCUUGAGGAAAGGGCAGAGUCGAACUCCUAAACUUCCCCAUUUUUAUUGGACAGGGACACUUAGACCAUAUCCCAUAUCUGCCAAGCGUAUUGUACCUGCUCACAUUGCAAAACCUGAUUGGGCUGAUGAUGGAAUUCCAAAGGUUGAGCCGAAUAGUGAUUUGCAGCAUCAUGUUGAGAUCAAGACUUCAGAUCAAAUUGAGAGAAUGCGAGAAACUUGUCGAAUUGCAAGGGAGGUUUUGGAUGCAGCAGCACGGAUGAUCCGUCCUGGUGUAACAACAGAUGAAAUUGAUCAAGUGGUUCAUGAGGCAACUAUUGCUGCAGGAGGAUAUCCAUCUCCUCUCAAUUAUAAUUUCUUCCCAAAGUCUUGCUGCACGUCAGUUAAUGAAGUAAUAUGCCAUGGCAUUCCUGAUGCAAGGAAAUUGGAGGAUGGUGAUAUUGUAAAUGUUGAUGUCACUGUUUACUACAAAGGUGUUCAUGGUGAUUUAAACGAAACAUAUUUUGUGGGAAACAUGGAUGAAGCAUCUCGUAAGCUGGUUCAGUGUACAUAUGAGUGCUUAGAUAAAGCAAUAUCUAUCGUUAAACCUGGAGUGAGGUUUCGUGAUAUUGGAGAAGUGAUUAAUCGCCAUGCUUCCAUGUCAGGGUUAUCUGUGGUGAAAUCAUAUUGUGGCCAUGGCAUUGGAGAGCUCUUCCACUGUGCCCCAAAUAUUCCCCAUUAUGGAAGAAAUAAAGCAGUUGGGGUGAUGAAAGCUGGGCAGACUUUUACAAUCGAACCAAUGAUUAAUGCAGGGGUUUGGCGUGAUCAAAUGUGGCCUGAUGGAUGGACUGCUGUUACUGCAGAUGGCAAACGCAGUGCUCAGUUUGAGCAUACUCUUUUGGUAACAGAAACUGGGGUCGAAGUUCUUACAGCUCGGCUACCUUCAUCACCGAAUGUGUUUCCUUGGCUAAAUAAGUAAACGAGUCUCAUUAUUGCAUAAAUAAUAGACCCUAAGGUAAGUUAUCCAUACAUAUACCGUUGGCAAGAGAUUAUGAAGUAUCCAACUUGGGGGUUCACAUUACCCUUAACCCUCUUUGUUUGGUGAGAGAAUCAUAUUUGUAAGUUAAUUGGGGAGGGGGGGUUGAUACAAUUUUCCAUUUAGCUAGUUGUGUGUGAUCAUGAUUAAAGUGAAUUUUCUUCCCCUAGGUGCUUUUAUACAAUAAUGUUAUUAAUUUUUAUGUACCCUGAUCGAGAAGUUAUGUGAAUUGUUACUGUUUGUAGACCAUAAUAAAUGGUGCAUUUUUUCUUUUU